CUCACAACAGCAGUCGACGUACGAUGACGUCCGAUGCCCAGCUCCAGCAGCUCCAGCUAGAGAUCGAUGAUGUGUCGAAGCAGGUCACCAAAGUUUUGAUCAACUCAUCAGCCGUGGAGGCCGCCAUCGCGGGAAAGGGCACCUACCGUGGGUACUCCGGGGAGGACGUGUUUUUGAAACACAACCUUUGGGCUGUGCAGAAGGAGAUGCUGAAGCAGCUGCGGCGGAGGGAGCGCAAGCUGGCGAAGCAGAAGCUGCAGCUGCUUCAGCGAAUAGAACAGCAGGCGCCACCAAUAGAGUAGUGUAUUGCUUAGAC